CGGCGGCGUGGGUUGCUGGGGCACCGGGUCGGGCGGCUGCGUGGGCGAGCCCUGUGCCCCGAUCAGCGCGGCUGCACGUGUGAGCGCUGGCACUGCAGCUCUACGCGCUGCGUUCUUCCCUUCUGGAAAAAGUGUGAUAGUAGCCAUGUGUGGCUCCGGGCAGCCGGAGGAACUCGCGGUGAGACGCUGUAUCCGGGAGCUGGCGUAGCAGUGUGGGUGUCUGCUGAGUGAGGGAAUUGGGGACUGUGUGUGUACCUGUAUUGGUAGGCUGGAGUGUGCUUCCCCUGUACUCCGCACUGGAGUGCUGUGUUCAGGCACGGGGACCCUGGAACGUGUCCAGAGAAGGGCAGUGGGCUGUGAGGGCCUGGAGCAUUAGUCCUGUGAGGAGCGCCUGAGGGAAUUGGGAUUGUUCGGUCUGGAGGAGGCUCAAAGGACACCUCGUUGCUCUGUAUAACUGCCUGAAAGGAGGCUGUGGUGAGCUGGGAGUCGGCCUCUUCUCCAAGGACCAUGCCCAAGAAGGGAGGAAAGCAUGCUGAGGUGGGGAUGGAAAUGCAGGUGCAGUCCAAACGAGCAAAGGUGGAUGCAGCUUGUUCGCCAUCAGUCAUGGAUUUUGAGAGCCCAGACAGCCUCUUCGCAAGCCUGAUCUCUCCCAUCAAACCAGAGGAGUUUUUCAGGGAGUACUGGGAAGAAAAGCCGCUGCUUGUUCAGAGAAACGAUCCCCUACUGGCUACUUACUACCAGUCCCUCUUCCAGCUGUCAGAUCUGAAGGAGCUGUGCAGCCAAGGGCUGUACUAUGGGCGUGAUAUAAAUAUCUGCAGAUGUGUGAAUGGAAAAAAGAAGGUUUUAAAUAAAGAAGGCAGAGUGAAUUAUGCACAGCUGAAGAAAGACUUUGACCAGAAAAAGGCAACCAUCCAGUUCCAUCAGCCUCAGAGGUUUAAGGAGGAGCUGUGGAAGAUUCAAGAGAAGCUGGAGUGCUACUUUGGGUCUCUGGUUGGAUCAAAUGUCUAUAUUACUCCACAGGGGUCCCAGGGCCUUCCCCCUCACUACGAUGAUGUUGAGGUGUUCAUCCUCCAGCUGGAAGGCGAGAAGCACUGGCGGCUCUAUAAACCAACGGUGCACUUAGCUCGGGAAUAUAACGUGGAAUCAGAAGAUAGGAUUGGGAAUCCCACGCAUGAAUUUGUGUUAAAGCCGGGUGACUUACUGUACUUCCCAAGAGGGACAAUUCACCAAGCUGACACACCUCCUGGUGUAUCUUAUUCUACACACGUGACCAUCAGUACCUACCAAAACAAUUCCUGGGGAGACUUCUUACUGGAUGCAAUUCCUGGCCUUGUAUUCAAUACUGCAAAAGAGGAUGUGGCCUUGAGGACAAGCAUUCCAAGGAAACUGCUUAUGCAGGUGGAUAUAGCAGACUCAACAAAAAAACUGAGUAGCAUUCUGAGAAUGCUUGCAGACCGUCUGGAGAACAGCAGAGAACUGAGAUCCUCCGACAUGAGGAAGGAUUUCAUUAUGAACCGUUUGCCACCUUGCUUGGGAUGCGAUGCUGACUCUUUAACUCCAGGUGGGAAACUGCCAAAAUUAGACAGCAAAAUCAGACUGCAGUUCAGGGAUCAUGCUGUAAUUACAGUGGAGCCAGAUCAAGAGAAUUCUGAUGAAAUUCGCAAAGAAAUGGUGUAUGUCUAUCAUUCCUUAAAGAACAGGAGAGAAACUCACAUGAUGGGGACAGAUGACGACGAUACUGGUAGCGAAGAAGGUGCAGCGCAGCAAACUCCUCAUGGACUGCGCUUUCCUCUGUCACACCUGGAUGCACUGAAGCAGAUUUGGAGUGGCAGCACUGUCUGUGUGAAAGAACUCAAACUUACCUCAGCUGAAGAGAAGGAAAACCUGGCCUUGGCACUGUGGACUGAAUGUCUAAUAGAAGUUUUUUGAUGCUUUUGUGCAUUAGCUCCUUCUGGAAUCUCUUAAGUGAAAGGUUUAUUCAAUUAAUUUUGUUUUUUUGCAUCCGACCUUAGUUUGUACUGCCAAUCGUGUGUUGCAAUAUAAAUAUACUUUGCUACUGCCUGUUG